GCCGUACCCACCCCCCGAGGAAAAACGUUUUCCUCGGGGGGUGGGUACGGCUACACGUAGGCUAGGUAUAAAGGCACUAUCGCCCCGUUGGCCGUUCUGCAAUCUCGAUGCACUAUUGCGUGACAAGCCGAGAAACUAUUGAAGGCCUGGGGAGAGCAAAGUGAUAUUCUUGUCACGCGGUUGCAUGAACUAGACAACUGGUUGUAGAGCGAUGUAGAGCUUAUAAAUUUCGGGGGCAUUUUCGAAGAGUAAUCGUGCGGCCAUGGCUUCAGUGACAUUAACUAACCGGGAACUAAAGAACAAGGCAACUGGUCUAGACAUUCGUGUACCACAGUAUGAACAUAUUUCUGGACCAUUUGGGGGAGCAGUCAUGUAUCAUGUGAUUGUGGUGACACAGCUGUUCUAUUUUAAAACACCUAAUAAACAUAAAGAGUCAGAUGUUGUACAGUUUAUGAUUCCACAGAGAUAUGAGGUGUUUGAAGAGUUAUGUAAUAAACUAUCUCAGAAGUUUCCAAGUGUUGUGUUUGAUCCACCCCCAAAGAAGGCAUUCUUAGUUAAUGAUACUGUGAUUAGCGAACGCCGCCAAUACAUGGAGGAAGUACUUCAAAAAAUAGCCAAGACUCCUAAACUGGCCUGCAGUUCACUGGUUCUUGAGUUUCUUGGUGCAAAAAGAGGACAUAAGGAAAUCAAUCGCCUAGAGGAAACUCAAUCAAAUAUUAAGGAGGAAGACUCCACAGGAAAGACAGAUGCCCAGCAAGAGAUAGUGGAAGAUGUAGACUUGUUUGCAAGCUCUGAUGAUAAAGAUGGUCAAUAUGAAGACAAUGAAGAGGAAGAAGAGCUGCUGGCUGCUGCCAAAUCCUCUGCUGUACCUCUACCCACGUCAAACGUCAAAGGCUUUUCAAUCUUCAGGACGGACCAUAACGAGGACGAUGAUGAUGCAGACAUCAACAAUCUUUUUAUACCUGCUGGAGCGGAUGAAAGAAAGAAAAUUGACAUCGAUGUAGAAGACAAUUCAAAGCUUCUUGAAAUUGAAGAUGACUUGGACAAACUUCUGACUGUAAAAUCCAAGCCUCAGAAGCCGCCUAAACCGACAACGAAGCCUAUGCCGAAGCCUCGCCUCAAACCCAAACCUGAUCUCAAGCCAAAGCCGACUCCUAAGCCAAGGUUUGUCGAGGCAGGUGCUGGGGAGGAUGAACUGUUCGGAGGAGCUGCUGGCGCUGCAAAGAACAAAAACAUAACACCUGCAGUAAAAGAGAGGGUACCCGAGAGUGGAGAUCAAGACUUGUUUGAUCAAGCAAGGAAAUCUUCUUUCAGAACGUCAUCCCACGAGGAGGAAACGUUAGACGAUAUUUUCAACACGCCGUCACGACCAGCUUUUACAACGACAGAGGACGAUGAUGAUUUGUUUAAACAAACAUCAGCAGUGGAAGAGAGCAGCAUUCAGGACAUGAGUGCAGAUGAUAUAGCAAGUUACAUUCAGCAAAACACACCUGACUCAAAUGUCAAGCUUGAUUUGUUUUAGAAAAUUGAUAAGAAAUUUUACAUCUACCAAUGCUUUAAAAAUGCCUGUGGGCUUGAACACAAUGCCAUGUCAGCGCUGCUGGAUGAAAAGCCGCCAUCUUAAAUUUUAAAAUGCCAAGUAGAUCCGGGAACAAGGUUUCAAACUUUAGGUGAAAUUUGACGGAGGCAGGAAGCUCUUUUUAUUACUGUGUGAUGUUUAGUACGCUUCUUUGCUGAUUUACGUCAUCAAUAAGUGGACUAAAACCUUGCUUGCACGUUCUUACCUUGGCUAUCGAUUAUUGUACUUUGCUCUUUUUGUGGUGAAGAUUCACAAGACAUCUCUGUACGUGACUUGUCUUAGUCACGCAUGAAGUGUGCGUGACUCUGACUGUAGGAUUUAGCGCCUUUCGGUUUAGACCUGCUAGGGGUUAAUGUGGUGUGACGCAUUUCAUGGCAGGCAUUUUGUGGGCACUCCAUAGCAGACCUUCUGGCGAUGAAUAGCUUCGUCAUAGAAGGUUGGUUAUUGAGCUCUCUUUUUUAGUAGUCACGUGUUGCUUUUCAUUAUAACAUAAAUAGAUGGGCAAGUAAUCUCUCUCAAUUUCUUGAAAACAGUAAAAAUGGAAUCUGAAGAGUAAAGAAAUCGCAGCUGCAAAUCAAAAUUAAAUGAGUAGGUGAAUAACACAUUUCCUAAUAGAAAAUACAUGUAGCUCAUUUAGGAUCAAAGUGACUGAACAAACAUUGCUUCUUUUUGGGGGCGAAAAUAGACAGAAACCUGUCAGGGGGAUUAUAAUUCCAGGUUUAUAUACAGUAAACAAAUCCCUCAGUUUCCUUGAUGAAUUUUAAACUUAAAAAUAAUUAAAAUACACUAAAAUUUUCAGUGACUUUUAGAUCCAAACAUAGAAUAUCGAAGAAUGUUUUUAUUAGGUGAUAAGAUCUAUUCUUUUAGCGCUGUGAAACCAUUUUAGACAAUAUCUAUAGUGUGGUAAAAAACAUAAGAUUUUAGUAAUGAAAAAAAUAUUUAUUAAAAAUUCCUAAAGGAUUUGUAUGAUGUGGUUUAUGUAAUGCAUCACUGAUGCUGUAGCUGGAUCAUAUAGAAACACUUCUUACUUGACUCCUGAAUAUCUUUAUAAAAAGAACAUUGACUAUUGUUUGACAUCA